AUGGUUUUAAUUCAGAUUAAUAACCCAUUCCUUCAGAGAAUUGGCGACUUUCACUCUCAAGAAAAGGUUACUUUGAAUAUUGAUAACGUCGAAAUUGUGUUACAGAAAGCUUUUGCAGUUGCAUAUUCUCAAAAGAUUCACAGAGAUUAUGUUUUAGAUCGUCGAAUUUCAAAAAUUACAAUUCAUACUGGAAUACAAUCAAAACAUACAUAUGAUGUUUUAAAAUAUAUCCUACAAGACAGAAAACCGGAAAUCGAAUGCAAUUUAGUGGUUUUAAAUGAUUUAUUUAAUGUAGGAAUAGCUCUAGAAAUGAGUGAAUUGAUAUCCUUAUACCAAAUGUAUGUUAUUAAUGAAAUGUGUUUAGAUCGAAAUAAUUGCAUUAAAUUACUUGAAUUUUAUUAUGACAUCAAUUCCGAGCAAAAGACUUUAGAAUGUACUGAUUUUAUUUCAUCACAUUUCUUUGAAAUUGACGAAACUCAGCUUAAAUCUAUUUCAAAGAAACUUGGUUUUAAUAUUUUCGAGAGAAUAUUUUGCAAUAAUAAACUAACAAUAAAUGAUGAAGAUUCUUUAGCAUCUUUUAUAAUUUCUUUAACUAAAGAAUGUGAAGAAUUUGCUCAAUUGAUUGAGAAUAUUCAUUUAGAAUUUUGCAGCGAACAAAUUAUUAAUGAAAUCAGAGAUAUAACAAACUCAAUUAACUACAUGAGUAUUGUCAAUUCUCUCUAUGAUUCCUUAUUAAGGACAAGAAAUAUAAAUCAGAAAAAUUCUCGUUGUUUUGAAUCUCAAAUUAAUGAAACAGUAAUUUUAUCAAAGAUUAGUGAAUUAAAAGAUUCUGAAGAUUUUAAUACUGUCUACAAAUUCCUUGAUAAUCUUUCAACUCUAGGCAAACAAAAUUUGAUGUCGGAAGCAUGUAAAGAAGGACUUUGGGAAAUGAAAAAUGAUUCUGGAAAUAAUAUUCUUCUAAAAACUGCUAAAAAAGGAAAUCUAAGACUUGUUAAAUCUCUUAUUGAAUGUGGCUGUAAUAUUGAAACAAAGAACAAUGAUGGAUUUACACCUCUUAUUCUUGCAUCACGAGAAGGAAAACUUGAUGUUGUUAAAUAUCUUCUCGAUGCUGGAGCCGAUAAGAAUGCUAAAACUAUCUAUGAAAACACUUCGCUUAUUUGGGCAAUAUCAAGAGGUCAACUUGAAGUUGUAAAACAUCUUCUUUUUAUCGGAUAUGAUUUAGAAGAAAAGAAUAAUUAUGGAAAUACUCCACUUAUUGUCGCAUCAAUGUGUGGCAAUCUUGAAGUAGUCGAAUGUCUUAUCUCCGCUGGAUCAGAUAAAGAAGCAAAGAAUAAUUACGGUAAUACUGUUCUCAUGAUGGCUUGCAAGUUUGGUCGUCUUGAAACAGUACAUUAUCUAAUAUCUAUUAAAUGUAAUAAAGAAGCGAAGAACGACGAUGGAAAUACUGCUCUAUUUUUGGCUUCAGAAGAAGGUCAACUCGAAGUAGUUAAAUAUUUAAUCUCUGUUGGUGCUGAUACAAAAGCAAAGAACAAUGACGGAAACACUCCUGAUUCUGUUGCUAAAGAAAAUGUAAAAGAUUAUCUGAUGCAAAUUAAAACAUAA